AUGCCACGAAUCCACCGCCGCCCUUGCCUCUUACUUACCAUCACCCUCCUCCUCUUCUUCACCCUCCUCUCCCUCCCCUCAACCCCCUACACACCCUCCUCGUCAACCUUCCAAGCCGCCUCCUCGCGCAUCUCAUCGGCCCUCCCCAAAAUCGACACAACCCAACACCCCUGGCUCAACAAGCUCAACCCCUUCCGCCAGCCGUCGCAUCCCCCGCCCCGUCAAAAGAAUGAUACAGAUGGAGACGGAUCCUGGUGGUACGCUGACUGGAAGUGGCUUGCGAUGCCGUUUAGCAGCUCUGUUACUCUGGACGAGAAUCGCGCGCUGCUGCCGGUGUUGGGAGAGAGGAUGACGGUGUAUUGUUAUGUGGAUUCGACGGAGGAGAAAGAGGGGGAUGUGAGGGCCGCGGAGAGCGAACUUGUGCUGGCGUGGCGUAGGGCUUGGUGGGCGGCGGGGUUCAGGCCCGUGGUGUUGAGCACUGCGGAAGCAGUGGAGAAUCCUGGGUAUGAGGAGUUGUUGAGGUUAGGGCAGACACAACAGGGGGAGCAGAAGGGGAUUAAUGGACGGGUGAGGGAGGACUUGAUGAGGUGGUUGGCGUGGGAGAACAUGGGAGGUGGGGUGCUGAUGAGCGGGCUGUUGUUUCCUAUGGGCGGGAGGGAUGAUGCGUUGUUGGGGUUUUUGAGGAGGGGGGAGUUUAUGAAUAAGGAGCAGACGGUGAUUCGGUAUGAAGGGUUGGGGGACGGGCUGUAUGUUGGGCCAAAAGGGGCCGUGUCGGAGGUGGUGAAGCAGGCGUUGAAGAGUCCAAAGUUGAGGGAGGCAAGGUCUGUCGCUGAUGCAGUGGGUGUUGGUGAAGGAGGCCCGUUCACUACCGACAAGAGGCCUUCCGGUCUGGCGUUAUAUUCGCUCGAGACUCUUGAGGAACGCUACCCCAGCAUCGCGACAGCCAUCCAAACCUCUCGCGCGGCCGGCCUGCGCCAGCUUCGUCUACUCAUUACGGCUCAUCUCCACGCUACUUGGCGCACGCUCUACCCCGACGGCAUCUCCGUGCUCCGCCCAGAAAAGCGCUCUUACACGCCUCACCUCAUCCGGCCUGCCUUUGACUUGGCUGCCCGUCUCGCGCACUGCUCCGACUCCCCCUUGCCAGAUACCUGCCCUCCCAACGUGCCGGUCGAUGAGUGCGUCCCUUGUGAUGACUCCAAACCCCUGAAGGUGACAACUGCAAUCGAAUACGUGAACUCGUCGAAGCUCUUCACGAUCGGCACGGUCCCGCACCCAUACACGACCACCAUCCUCUCCGCCCGGCGCAGAGCAAUCGACAUCCCUUAUAUCCGCCGGCAGGCAAAACGCGACGUAUGGAUCACGGCUGUCACGAGGAAGCUCUUCAAGGAGGAGCAAAUCUCUUCCACCCCGCGGGUCCUCAAAUUGAAAGAAAUCGUCGCCGCUGCGGAGAGCCCCCUGACAGAGAAUAGUUCCUCCGGCAAGGGGUUUACUUCGUUAUGGCUCGUUGCCGAGGCUGAUCCGGUGGUUGCGGACCAUGAGCUGGGGUAUCUGUUUGGGUUUGAACUGCCCGCUCAGGCAACCUUCGCAGAUACGAAACUGGACAUGAGUAAUGGGGGGGAUUUUGAUUCCGACAAAAUGGCCGAACUAGUCGAACACGCGAAGGACCUCAUCCUGCGCACAAACACCGGUGAUGACAAGAAGAAGGGCGACAUCAAGUCUACGGAGGGAGAGAGAUUGUUAAGAGAGGCGAUCGAGGCGUGGAAUCUGGCUGAUACGGAGGCUUGGAAGUUUGUGAGGGCUUUUCUUGCCAGGGAGAUGGUUGAGCGGAGAUUGUGGGAGGAGAAAGAGAGGGGGUAUGCCGGGGGGAUUGGGGCGGAUCAUUUUGGGGAGGGUGAGCAAGCGGGGAAGAAGGAGGGGGGAAGGAGAGGUUGGGGGAGGUGGUUUGAUCGGGAUUAA